UUAAAAAUAACGCGGGACCGCGAGACUGAAGAAUGAAUCCGUUGACUUGAAUCAAACACGAAACAGCGAAAAGACGGUAAACAAUGCAGAAGUAGCUCAAACCUGUAAAACAUGACACUGUCGUCAGUUGAACUCCGUUUGUUUUAGACAGUUUCCGCCUGAAUUAUCAAAAGCUGCAGCUUAGAAACGACCAACAUUACUGUUUUACGGUUCACAAACGUUUGCUAGCUCACAUCAGUUAAACAGCUGAGAUGGACACAACGGAGGACUUGUCUGCUCGGGUCCUACUGAAACAUAUUCUCACUACCGAGACACCCAGGACUCCCAUCACCCGCAGGACCUCAAAAACACAGACUGACAAAAAGGCAGCCUCCAGCGGGACCCGGCGCAGUGCCAGAUUAAGCAAGAAAGAUGCUGGUGGCCAAACCCCACAGGACAUCUUACGGCGCAGCCUGAAACAUAAGAUACGCGAGAGUAUAUCCACAAAAUCUCCGCUGCCUGUUAAAAGGAGAACCACUGUAUUCAGAAAUACACUCACGUCUGCCCGGGCCUCAGAGCUGUUCGAUGAGGGAGACACUCCAAGGCACAUACUCAUGAACAUCCUGCGGACAGAGCCUGUGAAGUCCCCUGUUGUUCACGAGAAAGCUGCAUCAGAAGAGCCACAGCUUCCUUCAGCCAACUCCAGCAUUACCAGCAAGGAUCCUAGUAUUGAACUGUCAGGGUUGGAGCUGUCUGAUAUAACUAUUGGUGGUGCAGCAAGCACUGCAAAGGGACUGAGCAAAAAGAGACCACGUCGCAGCCUUAAUGUGACUGCUUUUGAAAAGCGACUUCAAGGUGGAGAUGAUGUUGAAGAUGAAGAAUCAAUAGAUAACCAUUCAUCGCUUUCUUUGUCGAGUUCCACUUCACUGAGUCUAAAAACACCCUUUGUGGAUGUUCAUACUGAGAAAAGGGGCCUGCAGAGAAGGGUUUCUAACCGUCGCAAAAUCACAGAGGAAGAAUUUGACGCUAAGAUGCAAAUGGAAGGUGAAAACGAGGUGGGCAGUGUUGUGCUGGCAGAGCAGGGUCUCAGUGAGAGCACCCACUUUGAGGGCUUCACUUUAGGCCUGACCAAGCUCAGUGAACCUGAUAUCACAACUGACAUCAUCAACUGUGACACGGCUAACUACGCUCAGACUGAUGUCAUGACAUCCAACUUCUCCAUCGUUGCAACGCAGGACAAGCCCACUGUCAUGGUGUCUCAGCUUCAGAGAGAGAUGGGAGAGAUGGAGCAAGAGGAGCAGUUGGAAGUGGAGCAGAGCCAGCUGGAGAGGGAGAAAUCCGCUUAUGUAUUUCCAACUGAAGAGGGGGCUGUGGUAGAACCUCAGGAUGAAGACUGCCAGUCUCAGUCAGAGAAAGAGGGAACUGAAGCUCAGAACGAGGAAGGGAAGCAUACAGCCGAUUGUCAACCUGAAGAUGCUGUAGCCAUGUUUGAAUCUGAAGAUGUAGCGGAAUCUCAAACUGGUGGAAGGGAUGAUGCAGCCGAGUCUGAGGAAGAUGAAAAUGGAGUGGAAUCUCAAACAGAGGAGGAAGGUGCAGCUGAUUCUCAAACUGAAGAGGAUGUUGCACCCAGGUCUCAGUCUGAGGAAGAGGAGGAUGCUGAAGAAUGUCAAAGUGAUCAGCAGGAUCCUGCGGGAAAUUCUCCGUCUGAGGAAGAAGAUGUAGUAGCUGAUUCCCAGACUCAAGAUGAGAAUGAUGGGGAGCAGAAGGACGAACACAUCAGCCGAAGGGCUUAUCGCUCUGAAGGUGGACUCAUUAUGCCUGUUACAAGGGUAGAGGGGGAUUUACCAGACUCCACAGAGGCAGGAUGGUCUGAAGAGAAGUCCAAGGCUCACAGUGCCAGUGAUCUACACAGUGGCCUGGAACUGGGAGGCUGUGAGAGCAGUCCACCUCAUACUGGGAUCCCUGACUGGGCUGAGUCCUCAAAUCAAGGACUUGACCAGAAUGAUGUCUCUAGCACAGAAACAGAACUGGAUGCUGAUAAAGAGAACUCCUUUCAUCUUCCGGAGCUGACGCAUGAUAUGGAAGACAGUGGCCACCUGAGUGAUGCUUCACCUGAAGAGGCUGCAGCCUCAGACCCUGCUGAACAGGAGGAGGAGGAGAAGGAGGAAGAGGAGGAGGAGUGGGAGGAUGAUGAGGAGAGUGAAGAGGUCCCCAUGAAGACUCCAGCAUUUGUCAAAGAGAAAAGGAACUUUUUCCUCUCUGAUCUUCUGGCCUCACCUACUGCUUUUAAGAAUAUUCAAUCCAGUGAUGAAGGUUUACCUCCAGGUAAAACCAAGCAGGUGAGACAGAGGAAAACUGGAGCAGCUAAGAGAGAAACAGGCCUUCCCAAGAGCUACCUUAUGAACGUUUUCAAGCACUUUGCCAAAACAAAGGUCUCCGCGGAUGUUUACCCUGUUCUAAAAGAUAUAAUGGACAAAUUCUUUGACCGCUUGGCGGAUGACUUGGAGACAUAUGCUGUUCAUGCAAAGAGAAAAACCAUAGAGGUUGAAGAUGUUGAACUUCUGUUGAGAAGGCAGGGAUAUGUGAACGACAAGGUGCCGGUGGAAGUGCUUAUCGAAAAAUAUCUUCGCAUGGAUCAGCGCAAGCUCCUGAUCCCCAUCGCAACCAGCGGAAAUAAUGUUGUCCCUAAAAGACGGAGAUGAAAGCCUUGUUAUAUGGCUGUUGUUGUCUGAUCAUCUCUGGACUGCUACACAUUUUAGCUACACUGCAUUUGAGUUGGACAAAUGAUGUCUCCAUUUUUGACUAGAAUAAAGUAUUUCUAUGUGAUGUUUGUAUAGCCUUUUCUUUUUCAUAUUAUCAACUAAAACAGAACACACUUGUGCCCUUAUUAUAUUGAGUUGGGGGACGAGUGUGACUGUAACUUAAUUCAUUUAUCAUUUCAUGUAUAUACUUUCUUUUUAUGUGUGAAACAAUUGAGGAUGUGUAGACUUCUACAAUGAACAAAUAUUAAAAUAAAGCUUCCUGAUGUUUCA